AUGGCGAAUAAAGCGGGUGGAAAAUAUGGGAGAAUAUUACAAGAAAAUAUCAAAGCUGCUGCACAAACUAAAUUAGACUUAGAUUUAGUAUUAAAUCAGAAUGAAGCGUCCAUUUUUGAUCGUUACAAAGAAGUUGGUGGUGAUAUAGCAAUUCUUUUCUAUGGAAUGUUACCAUUAUUAUCCCAUUUUGCGCAAUCAUCAACAUAUGCAUCAAUGUUUAAACAAUUAAAGCCAUUAAAUUUGUAUAGUAUUGUAAUUGGACCGCCAGGCUGUGGAAAAUCACCAAACUUCAAAUAUUUAUUGACUGCAGCAACAACAGUCACAAAAAUGUUUAGACAUGAUUAUAUGAAAAACAUACCGUCUGGUGGAGCUAAUACACAGUCGGGAAAUAGUGUAACAAAUAGUCCAAAUGGGUUGGCUUUAUUGAAAUCACUGGCUACCGGCAAUGUAUGUCUGGUAAAUGAUGAGAUAGAUGGUGUAUUUGGGAAGUGGGGUAUAUACAAUGAGAAAUCCACAGAAGAAAUUCCAUUAUUAUGCGCUUCAUUUGAUGGCAUUGAAGGAUUAUCCCGCUCAACAUCACGUACAACAAUUGAAAUAAAUGGUGCGAAAUUGUCGGUUUUAGGCGGUACAACAGGCACACAUUUAGCUAAUGUUUUGCAACGUUGGUCAAACUGGAAUGGUCAAGAUGGUUUGUUCAGUCGUAUGAUAUUCUUACCUGUUUGGUAAAGUAUUGAUAAACUACCGCUGAUAUCGAAAUGAUAUUCUAUUGAGCCAAGCAAAUGACAUACAAUAAAAACGUGAGUAAACGAUGGUAUACCAGCACCAUCCGGAUAAAAUUUUUCAUGAUUUGGACGGGUUGCUUGUUUAUACCAAACAGG